AUGUCUGAAGACCCAGUUAAUACGAAUACAUUUCUCCCACGUGAAGAAGGAUCAAAAUUGCUUCAAAGAAGCUGUCACGAUUGCAGCCGCAGAAAAGUACGAUGUAGCAAGUCCUGGCCUUGCGACAAUUGCGUGCGCUUGGGCGUCCAAUGCUCUUAUCCACCGCCUGGCCGCAAACCUCGGAAAAAACCCAAAAGACAAUCGAACAAAGCAGAAUUGAUUGGAAGAUUGACCCUGUUAGAAGAGCAAAUCAAGAAGCUCAGUGGGCAAGGCAAUAAGGAAGAGGGCUUUGUUGAUUUCUCGCCAGAAAGGGACAACGAUGACGGUCCUCGAGACAGCCGCACUGUGCACUCAUGGCUAGCCAAGCAUAGCCCGCGUGAUGGAGUACAUGAGCAAGCCAGAGAGAAGGAUGACGAUGAUUUGGAGAUGAGCAAACAGUCUGCCUCGCCCAAGGCGACUUCCAGUACGAUAGAGGAUCAAUUUGGACGUCUUGUCGUGGAUCGAAAUAAUGGAACGAGUCGCUAUAUGAAUCAUCAAGUGUUGACGGAACUCGCAGAUCAGAUUAAAGAGGUUCGAGAUAUGUUUGAUUCACCGGAAUCCCCGACAUUAUCCGAGGAAGAGUCCUCCUCGCCAGCGCCAACAGCAGCAUACUCAGAAAUUUUGAGCCCAUUUAUAUUCGGGUACCAUUCUGUGGCCCAUUCACUCAGCGAUUACCACCCACCGCCGGCUCUCAGCCAUCUCCUUUUCAAUGUCUUCGAGGACAGUGUUGCACCCAUAGUUUUGAUCAUACAUAAGCCAAUGUUGAAAGUUCUGCUUCAAACGGCGACCACGAACCCUGAAAGUUUCGAUCCGGGGUCUGAGGCCUUGGUAUUUUCUAUAUAUCUAACCGCAAUCUACAGUAUGUCACCGGAGGCAUGUCUUGCACAGCUAGGAACAGAGCACACCUCCUUGAUCAAGCGAUAUCGGUUCGCAGUCGAACAAGCGUUAGUUCGGGCGGGAUUUCUUCAUACCCGCAAACUUAUCGUGUUACAAGCGGCCGUUCUUUUCUUGAGCUGUGCGUGUCAUCCCCAAGAUGCGCACUUUGUCUGGACCAUGAUUGCUGUGGUGACUCGUAUUGCCCUGAGCCUAGGAUUACAUCGGGAUAGCAGCCACUUUGGGUUGAGCCCAUUUGAAACAGAGAUGCGGCGACGAUUGUGGUGGUAUAUAUAUCUAUUGGAUGUGCGAUCAUCCGACUCUCAGGCUACGAGCCCUCAAAUCCGGGAAGGGGACUACGAUACGCAAUUGCCGCUGAAUAUCAAUGAUGAUGAUUUAUCCCAUGACAUGGUUGAGACCCCGGUAGAACGAACUGGCUUCACGGAGAUGAGCCUAACCUUGGUCAGAUGUGAAAUACUUAUACUACAUCGUAAAUUGAUGCAACUCAGCAGUGCCGGGGCUGGUCUUGAUGAGCAUAACACAUUGUUUCAAAAGCGCCUCCAGGCAAUAGAACAGACCCGCAUAGCCCUUGAUGAGCGAUAUCUCCAAUUCUGCGACCUCAAAAUUGCGAUUCACUGGGUGACCGCGACUAUUGCUCGCGUUGCUCUCGCGCGCUCUUGGCUUGUGUCACACUUCUCAUUGAUGAGCGUCGAAGGGUUCCAAGGAGACCUGUUCCCGGACAAAUGCGAUCUCCUCGUCCUCACCGCGAUCGAAGUACUCGAAUUCGUGUACCUACUCGAAGCUCACGAUAAUACUGCGAAAUGGUCCUGGCUGUUCCAGGGAUAUGUACAGUGGCAGGCGUUUGCAUUUGUUCUGUCGGAGCUCUGCGUGCGCCCGACGUCUCCUUUAUCAGACCGUGCGUGGGCAGCUGUGGAUUGGGUUUAUGAGCACUGGGAUGGACCGAUGGGUAAUCGACUUGGGUUGAUGAUGCGACCUUUUGAACGUCUCCGGAACCGGGCUGCCGCAAUUCGAGCUCAACAGUCCCGGGACGAAAUUUCAGGAACUAUGUCCGUUGCAAAGGACUUGAACUUGGCUGGUGCAGGCCCUCGGGCCCCAGAUAUGACGAAUUUCUCGGAAGAAAUUCAAGGAGAUUUAGGUUCCCUUGAUAUUUUCAUGGAUGUAGUCAAUACUAUGGGGCUUUAA